UGAGAACCAGUCAGCGCUGCUUUUCUGCUUGAGCCUGUUGCAAGAAACCAAUUAGAAGAGGCACUCUGGCUGCCAGUGAUUUCAUUGAGCAUUUUUCCUCCUGUGGCAGGGAAGGAGGGGGCUGCAGAAAGGGAAGGUUGCUGGGGAAGGCUGCUGGGUGAACCCCCUUUCGCUGGCCACCCUCGUUUUUGGUUCUUCGUGAGGAACAACACACAGGGGUCCUCCUUGUUUCUCUGCUCUGACGGGCAGGGAAGCUGAGCUGUGAAGCCCAGGUGGGCAUCAGGGGGCUCAUUUGUGCUUGCACCUUGCAGCUGUUGCUGCCUCCAUUAGCAUCCCUGGGGAAGGGUUGGCGGGUGGUGGAUCCUCUCAGGUCAUCUCAGCCAUGUUCCGGAUCAAGCUGGAGCCUUUAAAAAUGAGCGCCUGGGCUAUGAAUGUCUUCAUAAAGUUUCGGAAUAAAGAGUCGGCGGCUGGGACAGUCUCCACCAUGGGGAAGGAUUACUACAAGGCCCUGGGGAUCCAGUCAGGAGCCAACGAAGAUGAAAUUAAGAAAGCCUACCGGAAAAUGGCCUUGAAGUAUCACCCGGAUAAGAACAAGGAUCCCAACGCAGAGGAAAAGUUCAAGGAAAUUGCAGAGGCCUACGAUGUCCUGAGUGACCCCAAAAAGCGGGCGGUUUAUGACCAGUAUGGGGAAGAAGGGCUCAAAACUGGGGGUGGCUCUUCUGGCACCCCCGGGAACACCUUCCACUACACCUUCCAUGGGGACCCCCAUGCUACAUUUGCUUCCUUCUUUGGGGGGUCCAAUCCCUUUGACAUCUUCUUCACCAGCGGCCGUACUCGGGUGUUCAACGGCUUUGACCAUGAUGACAUGGACGUCGACGAUGACACUGAUGACCCAUUUAGUCCAUUUGGCCGGUUUGGCUUCAACGGCCUGAAUGGUGUGCACCGGCGGCACCCAGAACCCAUCCACAUGCGCCGGAAGGUGCAGGAUCCCCCUGUGGUGCAUGAGCUCAAAGUCUCCCUGGAAGAAAUCUACCAUGGGGCGACCAAGCGCAUGAAGAUCACUCGCCGGCGGCUGAACCCGGAUGGGAGAACGAUGCGGACGGAGGACAAGAUUUUGAACAUUGUCAUUAAGCGUGGGUGGAAAGAGGGCACCAAGAUCACAUUCCCCAAGGAAGGAGACGCUACACCAGACAACAUCCCGGCUGACAUCGUCUUCAUCUUGAAGGACAAGCCUCAUGCUCACUUCAGGCGGGACGGCACAAACAUAAUCUACACGGCCAUGAUCAGUCUUAAAGAGGCCUUGUGUGGCUGCACUGUGAAUAUUCCCACCGUGGACGGGCGCGUCAUCCCCCUGCCCUGCAACGAUAUCAUCAAACCCGGCACUGUGAAGAGACUGCGUGGCGAGGGGCUGCCCUUCCCAAAGGUGCCCACCCAACGGGGAGACUUGAUUGUAGAGUUCAAAGUCCGCUUCCCAGACAGAAUAGCCCCGCAGACCAGACAGAUCCUCAAGCAACACCUUCCCUGCUCCUAGAGCAUGUGGGGCAGAAGGCCCUCUCUCCCUCACCCACCCGCCUGGCCACCAGCCUGCCUGCCUGCCUUCUGGGCACCAACGCUUCACGUGCCCUUGUGUGCUGCAGCACACUCAGCCUGCACUGUGCACAGGGUCCAGCUGUGUCCUCACUGCCAACCACACACCCUCCUUUUGCAAGAGACUCUCUGGCUGGGCUUGUGUGCUCUCAUUCUCUAUCCCUCUGGGAGUUUGGCCCAUGGCCAGUGGCUCUCUUCUGGGCCUGGUGUACCUGCUUUGUGGGAGCUUUCGGCCUCUCUCGUCUGCCCUUCUGUCACUUCUGGAGGGUUUUUGCUUUGCAGAGUCUGACUGGUAAGCAACAAGUGGUGUUCAGCGUUGCAGAACACUAAUGUAAAUAGGACUCAGAACAGUGUCACUCCUGUUUCCUCCAUGUGGCUGCAAUGUUCAGACUGUUCUUCGCUCUGGGUCUUGGCUGGAACAGUGGGCAGACCCUGGUCUUUGAGCAGGGCAUGUCCAAAUCUGGACUCAAGAUAUCCAGUCUGCCUCUUUUGCUGGACUUUAGCUCUGUGGAAGGGAGAAAGCCUGCCUCCCUCUCUGGCUCCAUCACCUCUAUUGACUCUGUGCAAAGCCAAACCAGGCCCUGAUCCACUCUUCGGGGAUGCCUACACACACUGCCAAGCUGUCUUGACCUGAUUUUGUCACCCUAAAUGGCAGAUUCAAGGAGAGAACCAGCUGCACCUGACAUCACUUUUGCUGGUCUUGUUUGACUGAUGGUUCCUGUUUUUACUUUAAUAGAAACUUCAUCAGAACCAAUCCCUGUCCGUUUUUGGAGUUUCCAGCUUGGUUUGUUCAAGCUGGGGAAUGUGUACGUGUGUAAGAGAAAAAUAAGUUGUUUCCUUGUAACAUGCAAGAGCGGAACGGAGAUGUGAUGGAGGUUCAGAGCCAGGGGCUGGGAGGGAGGUUUUGGUUGCUACUUAGAGGUUUGGUCAGGCUGUGUUUAUGGGUGAAAAAGGGCUAAGCCAGGGUGGGCAGGAGGACAGUGAAAUAUGCUUAGGUGAUGCUGUAUUUAAAGGCUGCAUUAGUAUUAUUAUAAUUAUUUUUUAAAAACCACUUUCCACAGGGAAAUUUUUAAGGAAAUGUUUCUUAUCCUCUUUGGCAGAACCUUGUUUCACCUGCAAGGGGCAACUUAGUGAAGUGAAGUGACACCAGGCCUGACUUUAGAAGGGUUUGAAAAAAGGAGCUUUCUCUUCUCCCUCUCCCUCUCCUCCUGUUAAGAUCUAGUGCCAAAAGGACCCUCCGCGGGAUUCCCGACUUCCCAUUUUGCAUUUGAGCUAAGCUGUUGAUUCUGACUUGAAAUGGGAAGACUCCUUCAGGGUCCCUCUUGAGACUCUUGGUCCGGCUCCUUCCCGGUGUCUUAUGGCCCCGGCUUAUGCUGGGUUUUGGGAGCUAACUUUUUAAAGCUGUCUUGACUUUUAUCUGGGAGUGUCCCAGAUGUGUAAAGCGCUUCCUGUAUAGCUGUACAAAACCUUAACAUGUCAGUGUUUCAGAUGUGCAGGCAUUCCCCCCUCCCCACCCCCAAAGAAGAUUAAAACUGUUAAGCAGUGUUGAAUUUAACAACCAGUUUGAAUGGUUAAGACAAUGCCUUCUUUUCCAGACCCCUCCGACGUCUGUUUCUUUUUAAAUACAAAAAAUGGAGGCUGGCGAUGCUGGGUCCGGCCGGGGAGGGCAGAGGCGGCCACGGCACCCUUGGUGUUUUUUCUCCGUUUCAGGGAGACCCCAAGUGGUUUUAUAGCUUUUUUUUUUUUUGUAUUUCUUCUUUUGUAAUGUCCUGUAUUAAUAUUUAAGAAAUAAU